CCGAUCUCUCUGAUGGAACAGUGGAGAGGAAGCUCCACAAGAGAAACUUCAAAAAUGUCAUUUCAACGUACUAGAUCAUUUUCCAUAUCUAGCCUCUGAGUCUCUAAGAUGGGGAAAGCACUGCUAUAAAACCAAAACCCCACAGCCUCCCCUUGUAGCUCUAGUGUGAAAUUUCCGCUUCUGAUGCUGUUAUAAGGAACAAGACCAGAUCCUCAGCUGGGGUAAACUGGUGUAGGUUGAGGCUGUGGAGAUUUGCUGGGAUAGCCAGAUCCACAGCUGGUGUAUCUAGAGUUUUUCACCAAUUCCAAUUCCAGUUUCUUUAUUUAAAGGCCAUUCCAUUCACUUAAUAUGGACAGGAUUGGUUAAACUAAUUUUCAGUGAGGAAACCAAGUGUGUCGUUUGAGUCUCCCUUUCCCUUCUUUUCAGGCUUGAGAUCAUUGCAUAAGCUGAUCCAAAGCGCCCUGAAGUUAAUUAAAGUCUUUCCUGGUGGACUUUGGAUCAGGAUCUAAGAGCAGAGAUCUGCCUUUUUGAAGCUGGUUCUUUUUUAACCAUUUGGGGUUUUCUCCAUUUUUAAUUCGUCUGAGAGUUUCCCGCUGCAGCCAGAGUCCCUGCAUAAUGUCUGAGUAAAAUGUAACCCCAUUUGUUUUAUUAAUGCUACAACAGGCCACCAGGAAGCUGCCGUCUCUCUCAUGUCCUACCUGCUGGUGGUUGGUUGACUUGGCCUCAAACUGAUCCUAUGUCUCAUCUGCUUUUUGUAUGUUGCCUGAUGCUCCAAUGUGAUGUUUUGCUGAGCAUGUGCAAACCCUGCAGCACAUCCACCAAAGGACAGAAUGGUUUUGUCCAUUUGUCCGCAUUGGGAAGCAAGGGCAUUGUUGCUUCCUUGAACUUGUUCUCCUGAGCACCCCAACUUUCCUGAAUGUUUGAAAUUAUGGAUUGUGAGAGGUGCCUGCCUUCAAGGCCGCUGUCCUGAUCCAAAGAUGGUAUCGACGCUAUGUUGCCCGGCUAGAGAUGCGCCGAAGGUGCACAUGGAGAAUUUUCCAAUCCAUAGAGUACUCCUGUGAGCAGGAUCAGAUCAAGCUUCACAACUUCUUCAGCUACCUUAUGGACCACUUCACACCAAGCAGCAGUAAAGAGAGGGACUUCAUUAGCCGCAUGUUGACGGAGGAAGAAAGCUACAAAGACACAGAGCUGGAAAAACUCUGCGACUAUGAAUCUGUAGAGGUGCUAGAUUCCUACACUGGACCCCAUCUCUCCUUCCCACUGCUGCCAGAUCAUGCAACUGCCUUACUCGAAGCUUUCAAACAGAAACAACAGCUCCACGCUCAUUAUGUCUUAAAGCUCCUGCACGAGACCAGGAGACAUCUCAUGCAGCUGCCAAACAUCAAUCAUGUCUCUACCUGCUACAGUGAGGAGAUCACCAUCUGCGGAGACUUGCAUGGCCGGCUGGAUGACUUGUUUCUGAUAUUUUACAAGAAUGGCCUUCCCUCCCCGGAGAAGUCCUACGUGUUCAACGGGGAUUUUGUGGACCGAGGCAAACAGUCCGUUGAGAUCUUGAUCAUUCUCUUUGCCUUUCUCUUGGUGUACCCAAAGGAGGUUCAUCUGAACCGCGGAAACCACGAGGACCAUAUGGUCAACUUACGCUAUGGUUUCACCAAGGAGGUCAUGCAAAAAUAUAAGGUGCAUGGGAAGAAAAUUCUGAAGAUGCUCCAGAAUGUCUUUUGUUGGCUGCCACUGGCCACCUUAAUCGAUCAGAAAGUCCUAAUUGUACACGGCGGGGUGUCUGACAUGACUGACCUGGAGCUGCUGGCCAAAAUCCAAAGGCACAAGUUUGUUUCUGUGUUAAGGGGCAAAAAGAGAAAAGGGAAGAGUAGACACAUGGACUCCAAGGUGAUAAACGGCGAGAGCCCUGUGGGUGUCGAUCCUCCGAGGAGCAGUUCUUUCCCUGGCUCAUGCCUCCAGCCUGGGCUCGCUAGCACGGCCAGCAGGACAGAGCUCUCCCAGUGGGUCCGGCAGACGGUUGAAGAGGAGCUGGAGAAGUGCCGCCGGCAGGUGGGGUUCAGUGAGACUCCCGGAGACAAGGAGCUCACCUGUGUCAGCUCCGUGACCAUGACUGAGUCAGAGCUGGAGUCCUGUGAAACAAGCGAGUCUAGCCAAGGAGAAUGGAAGCAGAUUGUAGAUUUAUUGUGGAGUGACCCCAUGCCUCAGGAGGGCUGUAAAAUGAAUACGGUGCGAGGAGGCGGCUGCUACUUUGGGCCAGAUGUGACAGAGAACAUUCUCCAGAAGCACAGUCUGCAGUUGCUGAUUCGCUCUCAUGAGUGCAAGCAGGAAGGCUAUGAGUUCUGCCACAAUCGAAAGGUACUGACCAUAUUUUCUGCUUCAAACUAUUAUGAGAUUGGCAGUAACAGAGGAGCCUAUGUGAAACUGGGGCCGGACCUGGUCCCUCAUUUUGUGCAGUAUCAAGCUAAUAAGACAGCCCACACAUUAACUCUGAGACAAAGGAUCAGCAGAGUGGAGGAGUCAGCCUUCCGUGCGCUCAGGGAGAAGCUCUUUGCUCACACGUCGGACCUCAUCUGUGCAUUUAAGGGCUACGACCAGGAGGAGACCGGAACUAUCACACUGAGUGACUGGGCAACUGCGGUCGAGUCAGUCUUGCAUUUAGGACUGCCCUGGCGGAUGCUGAGGCCACAGCUGGUGCACAGCACUGCAGGGGGCCUGCUGGAGUACAAAUCCUGGCUGGAUUACUUAGCUGUGGAACAACGGAGCAAAGAGCACAUACAGUCAAGCUUGCUAGAAACCAUUUAUCGAAACAGAUCCAACCUGGAGACCAUCUUCAGGAUCAUAGAUAGUGAUCAUUCAGGGCUCAUUUCAUUUGAGGAAUUCCACCAGACCUGGACGCUGUUCAGCUCCCACAUGAACAUUGAGCUCACAGAUGAUGGCAUCAGUGACCUGGCCCGCAGCAUAGAUUUCAACAAGGAUGGAAACAUAGACUUCAACGAGUUCCUAGAGGCCUUCCGCCUCAUUGAACACACUCACUGUGACGACAAAGCAGCAUUACCCACGAGCGAUGGCUGUUAGCGGCUGCCGCAACAGCCUGAAAUGCCACGUGCAAUGCCUUUCCGAAUGGCACCUCUCACAACUUGUGGGGAGGCAGAACUGAGUUGCAUUUUAGGCAUCUCAGUGUUGGCAGCAGUUACUGCCCAUGUUCCAAUUUUUGGUAUGAUAACUGGCCAAAUAGGUAAGUUGUAUUUUAAAAGGAAGUGGAGGGAAUUUGGUGAUCAAGUAGAUAGAAAACCCCACUGUUGGAAUAAAUAACACUCUGCAAGGGUAUGGUGUAGCCUGUUACAGAAAUGUCAGUAAAUGGGGGUAAAUUAUUACAGAAGCAUUAAAGUUUGUGAACUGGAAUUACUAGGAACAUCUGCAGUAGCAGAAGUUAAAGUAUCUAAUAAAAUACACACUAAAAAAAGAUGCAGGAUCUU